CUUCAUUCAGAGACUCUCCUAUAAAUAAUUGCGGAGUGAAUGUCUGCACUGUAAUCAUUGAACAGUCGCGAUAGAUACAUUCGCAAAAAGAAAUAAUGAGACUAUUGAUCGCAUCAGUUUGUUUUUUGGCAAUCGCCAAGGCAGCCCAACUGACUGGAAAGGAACAAAUUCCAAUCAUCAGUCAAAAUCAAGAGGUGAACUAUGAUGGUUCCUUCAGGUCUUCCUACGAAACAGGCAACGGAAUCGCAUCUUCCGAAGAAGGUGUACUGAAAAAUGCUGGAAAUCCGGAAACAGAGGCUGAAGAAGUCCGCGGUCAAGUUCAAUACACAGCUCCAGACGGUUCUCCGAUCGUUCUCCAAUGGAUCGCCAACGAGAAUGGAUUCCAGCCACAAGGUGCUCAUCUACCAACUCCACCCCCAAUUCCAGAUGCCAUCCUCAGAUCUUUGGAGUACAACGAAAGGAAUCCAGACCCAGACGCGAACAAAUACCAAUAGAUUAUUUCAAUAGGUGAUCGUGAAACGUUAGUCCCCUGAAAAUAAUUUAUUGAUAGCACCUAGAUGUCCUACAUCAUCGAAUUACCAUUGUAUUAUAUCAUAUCAGUCUUUGUUGAUUUUUUCUACAAUAUUUCCGCUCUGCAUGUUAUUGUGAUGAUUCAUCUCGGUUUGAGGUGAAUUCCUAUAAAUAAAUGUUACCAUAUUGUAAAAUCAA